AUGUCCGGAUGGAUCAUCACCCGCACGCGCCCAACGCGGCGGAAAGCCUUCCGCAAAAUGCUUGAUCGUCUUCGUGCAAUUCUCGACAAUGCGCGCCAGGCUGAUCUACCGUGUGCCAGUGCCACAGUAGUGAGCGCAACUUCGGAGCUGUUUCACCAUGAGACGGUGUCGAGCAUUGGUCAGAAAGAUGAUAUUACGAUACCGAAGCCGGGACAGGGGUCACUUAAUCUCCAAGAUGCGUCCACCAACGAUCAGGUCUUGUGGUUAGCUUCUUGCACGAAACUCAUCACGACCAUUGCCUGUAUGCAACUAGUUGAGCAGGGAAAGCUCACACUUGAUGACGGAGAUGAACUUGAGGGACUUUGUCCGGAGCUACGAGACAUCAAGGUCCUCCAGAGUGACGGAUCGACGUCAGAGAAGAACAAAAAGAUCACUCUGAGGAUGCUGUUGACGCAUACUGCUGGUUUCGGAUACUCAUUUCUCAACAACAAGCUCGAGAAGUACAGUUAUAACGAAUUCUCUGGACUGGCCCAAGACUUCCAUCAACCACUGGUAAAUCAGCCGGGAGAGCGAUUUGAAUACGGGAUUAGCAUAGACUGGGCGGGCAUUGCCGUAGAGCGUGUUACACAGACCAGGCUCGGCGACUAUAUGCAAAAGCACAUCUUUACGCCAUCAGGUAUCAAGGAGCUGUCUCUUUUUCCAUCAAAGGACAUGAGAGAUCGACUGGCCGGUAUCUGGCAGCGGGAUGCAAAUGGCCGCCUGAGUCCACGACCAUAUCCUCUUGACCGACCAUUGGCCCCGGAUCAGGCGUCUGACACCUUCCAUAGCGGCGGCGCUGGCGUGUGGGGGACAGCGCAGCUUCUGAGGGUCCUGCUAAAUAAUGGAACCUCUCCCCUGACAGGCGAAGCAAUUCUACGCCCCGAAACGGUCGACAUGAUGUUUGAGAACCAGCUGCCCAACGAUCCAAACUUCGCUCGCGCUGAGCUCCCAGCCGUAAAGCCUGAGCUGGUCCACCCGGCCAAAGAGCUUUAUCCGCUUUGCCCGGGAAGCGAGCCGCAGGGGUGGGGGCUCGGUUUCAUGAUCUCGGGCGGCGUGACUGGUCGUUCGAAACAGACAGUCCAUUGGUCCGGUCUGUCCAACUGUUUCUGGUGGUGUGAUCGAGAAAAAGGAGUGGCGGGUAUAGUCGCGUCUCAGGUGCUUCCUUUGGCUGAUCUGAAGGCGGUGCAGCUCUGGGCAGACGUUGAAACAGCUACCUACAAUGGUCUUGCGAAAGAUUGA